CCUCCUCCUCCUGCUGCUCCGCUCUCCGCCGCCGCUACUCGCAGCCUGCGCUGAACGAGCGCGAGAGCAAACGGACUCCGCCGUGUCUCCGGUUCCCUCUGGUUCCUCUCAAGCCGAGCAGCACGCGCCGCUGAGCAGAGCCCCCCGCGCUCACAUCGGACAUGAUACGGAGAUGAGGCUCAGAAAUGGCACCUUCCUGACAGUGUUAGUGUUUGGAGUGUGCGGACUCAUAUCGCUCUCCUGGUACACCGCGUUCAGCAAUUCCAAAGGUAAUGUGGUUGAUAUCUACCAGAGGGAGUUCUUGGCUCUGAGAGAUCGCCUCCACUCGGCAGAGCAGGAGAACCUGAAGCGCUCCAAAGAGCUCAACCUGGUGCUGGACGAGAUCAAGCGAGCCAUCGCCGAAAAGCAAGCGCUGCGAGACAUCAACCGGACCUGGAGCACCCUGUCCGAUGAAACCAAGCUGAAGCUCUGGAACGUCACCAGCAGUAAGAAUGUGUUACAGCUGCCCAGCAUCUUCCACCACCUGCCCCAUCUGCUGGCCAAGGAGACCAGCCUGCAGCCGGCCGUGCACGUCGGCCAGGGCCGCACCGGAGUGUCGAUAGUGAUGGGUGUGCCCAGCGUGAAGAGGGAGGUGCACUCCUAUUUGACGGACACGCUGAGCUCUCUGAUGUCGGAGCUGAGUCAGGUGGAAAAAGACGACUGCGUGGUCGUGGUCUUCAUUGCCGAGACGGACCAGCAGUACGCCAACAGCGUCGCCGACAACCUCAAGCGCCUAUUUCCAGCGGAAAUUCAGUCAGGCUUGUUGGAGAUCAUCUCUCCGUCUGUGCAUUUCUACCCAGACUUCGCCAACCUCAAAGAGUCGUUUGGUGACCCUAAAGAACGAGUCAGAUGGCGAACCAAGCAGAACUUGGAUUACUGCUUCUUGAUGAUGUAUGCUCAAUCCAAAGGCACUUACUAUGUGCAGCUAGAGGACGACAUCGUGGCUCGGCCGAAUUACUUCACCACUAUGAAGAACUUUGCUCUCCAGCAGCCUUCGGAGGAUUGGAUGAUCCUUGAAUUCUCUCAGCUGGGCUUUAUCGGGAAGAUGUUUAAGUCACUGGAUCUGUCUCUUAUAGUGGAGUUCAUCCUGAUGUUCUACAGGGACAAACCCAUCGACUGGCUGCUCGACCACAUCAUGUGGGUGAAGGUGUGCAACCCGGAGAAGGACGCGAAACACUGCGACAGGCAGAAGGCAAAUCUGCGCAUCCGCUUCAAGCCUUCCCUCUUCCAGCAUGUGGGGACACACUCGUCUUUGGCUGGGAAGAUCCAGAAGCUCAAGGACAAGGACUUUGGGAAGCAGACCGUCCAUAAAGGCCACGCUAACCCGUUAGCCGAGGUCACCACAAGUCUGAAGACCUACCAGCACUUCACGCUGGAGAAGGCUUACCUGGGCGAGGAUUUCUUCUGGGCGUUCACGCCUGUGGCUGGAGACUUCAUACGUAUCCGAUUCUUCACCCCCGUCCGCAUAGAGAGGUAUUUCUUCCGCAGUGGGAAUAUCGAGCACCCUGGAGACAAGUUGUUCAACACUACAGUGGAGGUGCUGCCAUUUGAUAAUAUCCAGUCUGAAAAAGAGGCUUUGAAAGAGGAGAAGGAGAGAACCCCAAAGUACCAGCGCACAGAGGACGGCUUCAUUAGAAUAGGUCAGUUUCAGAAUGGUAUCGCAGAGGGGGAGGUGGACGCCUCGUUCGGGCCGCUGGAGGCCAUGCGGCUUUCCGUGCUCACCGACUCGCCCGUGUGGGUCAUUCUUAGCGAGAUUUUCAUUAAGAAAGCAGAGUGACGACGCCUCCUUCCGCUCCACGUGGUCUCGCUGGGCGUUGUGUGGUGCAGGACGCUCGGCGUCGGCGUCGGCCCGGUGUUUCUUUCAGCUCAGUCCAUCAGCGCCGCCUGCUGGCCGGAAGUCUCUUCAGCACGGUACAACAGUGGAGCAGCACGCCCACGCUGAAGCCACGAGAUCACUCACAGCCAAGCUGCUGGCGACAAACAGACGCCGCUGUAUAAACUGCAUAAUGAACUGUAUUUAUGUGUAUAUACAUGGCUCCUGGUUCAGUGAGUGUAAUCACACUGGUCUAUUUGUCUAUGGGCUCACCGGAUGGAGACUCUCUCGCCCUUUGGAAUACUGAAAAAGUUUUUUUAUAGCUCUGGAAAAUGCUGCUUUUUUUUGUUUGUUUGUUUGUCUGUCGUUGUUUUUGUUUUCAUUCGAAAUCCGAGGACUCGAUUUUUUUUUUUUUUUCUUCUCGUUCAAGAUAUGAUUUGCAAAGUUUUAAUUUGUGCUAUCAUUUUGUGGGCAAAUAUUUUUAGGUGCAGGGUUUGCUAUUCCAAAACAAAAGUGUAGUUCUUCUGAUACUUGCACAUGUUAAGGACACACACGUAGAUAUGAUCGUCACGAAUGUGUGUUUGUAUGUGCAAAGGUUUAUAGUGAUCGACCAAAGUCGGGCAGAUGGAUUAUAGCUACAGAUAUUACAAGCUAUAAAAGGAAAUUAAUAAAAAAAAUGAAGAAAAAAAAAAAAAACAACCUUUGUGACAACCUGUGUGUUGAAUUUAUUUUACGUGGAAUUCUGCUACGUCUUACUAUGUGAGAUGAAGCUGAGAGGUAUCAUGGUGAGCUGCUAAUGGAUCUGGUGAGGGACGGUAACGCACGCCGAGACAACGUUCCGAUCACGUUUAAGAAAAGUUCCGCAAACAGCGACGCGAAUGUGAAAACGUCGUGAUCUUACAUCUAGAGCUUCACGUGCAUGUUCAAAAUAGCGGUCUUCUGCCCUGGUUUCUUUUCUAUCAACCAGUAUUUUUGUCCAGAUGUUAAAUUGACUUCUCUCUGCCGAGAAACU